ACUAAGGACAUCAUUAUUCAUUCCAUUGUGUUAUGCCUCAAAACAUUUGUUUGGCUGUGUGAGUAAAUAAACUCAGCCUGUGAAGGCAAGGCAUUGAGAAAGAGGAAGGAGAAUUCCAUUUUUCUCAAAAGGAUUCCCUUCCUUCUUUCUUGAUUCAUUUUUUUUGUUUUGUUAAUUUGUGUUAGCUGAAUCUCUUAAUUUAAGUUAAUAUUGGUUCAUUUCCAAAGAAUAUAAGAAGCAAUGAGGAAAAUGUGUCCUAAUUUUGACAAGGUAGAUGGGUUGGAAACGGUUCUUGAGGUUCCAAUUCCUGAGGAGAUGUUGGGAGGCAAUGGCUUCAAUCGGUGGCAGAACAUUCGAACUCUCAUGAACACUGAUAAAUCAUCAUCCUCAUUACCCUCAAACAAUGAAUUUUUGGCAUUGCUUAAGCUUGUUGGUGCCCCCCUCAUUCCUCUUCAGGUUCAAUCCGACAAUACUUUGACUCGCCCCCUCAGAGAUUGUUCCAUUAGAGAUUCUACAGCUAAAUACAUAGUUCAGCAGUACGUGGCCGCCACCGGAGGAGUAGCAGCAUUGAAUUCACUGAAAAGCAUGUAUGCAAUGGGGCAAGUGAAGAUAUAUUCAUCAGAGAUUCAUCAAGGUCAAUGUGAGGAUGAAAGUGUUCAAUCAAGAGGUAAACCUGAAGUAGGAGGCUUUGUACUGUGGCAAAAGAACCCUGAUUUAUGGUUCUUGGAAUUGGUUGUUUCCAGUUACAAGGUCAGUGCAGGCAGUAAUGGGAAGGUUUCGUGGAAUCAAUCUUCUUCUCAACCUUUUCAUGCAAACAAAGGCCCUCCAAGACCCCUUCGUCGCUUCUUCCAGGGGCUGGACCCAAGGUGUAUAGCUAACUUGUUCCUAGACGCUGAAAGUGUAGGAGAGAACACCAUUAACAAUGAAGUAUGUUUCAUGCUCAAGAUACAAACAGAACAACACAUCCUCCAAGCACAGAGCACCUCCAACACUGAAAUUAUAAUGCACACAAUAUUGGGGUACUUCAGCCAACGCACUGGACUACUUGUCAAAUUUGAGGACACAAAGUUGGUGAAAAUGAAACCUGUUAAAGGAAAAGACUCUGUUUUCUGGGAAACAAGCAUAGAGUCUAUGAUUGAAGAUUACAGACAUGUCGAUGGCAUUAGCAUAGCGCACAGUGGGAAGACAGUAGCCACACUUUACAGGUAUGGCACGUCACAUAAUCACAAGCGGAUGAUCGAGGAAACAUGGAAGAUCGAAGAGGUUGAUUUUAACAUUUUGGGGUUGUCUAUGGAUUGCUUUCUGCCACCCUCUGAUUUGGAGAGAGAUCAUGAUGGUGCAGAGCAAACAAUAGGAAUGGGUUAGGAUUUUGCUUCAUGUUACUCUCAGCUCCUCAACUCUAGGAAGUGUAAAUACAACUUAGACAAGUAUAGGUGAAAGGAAUGUUUUGUAUUGGUUGUGUCCUAUACUUGCAAUAUAAGUGAUUCACCUUUUUUUAACAAGGAACUUUUUGGUGACAGGAA